CCGUCACCCAAUACUAGUUAAGUAAGCCAUUCAAAAGAGAGAGUUGCGUUAAACAGGUGAAAAACAGCCCUAUUAACGGCCGGACAUGCACCCACAGAGGAGGCUCACGUAAAGCUAGGCUGAUACAUGUUAUACAGGUCCUCGUCUUGCUUCAAGAACGAUGUUGAAAGUAUUUACGGUGUUGUUGUGUGCCAGCACAGCUUUCUGCACAGCCGUCAACCACGACUACUUCCGGUGCCACAUUGACCUCUGUAAACGAACAGAACAAUACUGUGUGGAGGAGAGACAAAAAUGUUACCACUGCGCAGACGUGGCUCAUUUGUGUAAUACCACGGAACUCUCGCGAGACUGUGACAGCUAUUGCUACCGGGUUCAGCUACAGAAUGUGAUGGAACUUGAAGCCAAUAGAAGCGCGCAGUUGGCAGACACGCAGAUAGACCUUCAGCAGGAACAACAGAGAAACAACGACCUGGAACUUACAGUCAGACAGCUGGAGAGUAACGUCAGCAGACUUACAACAGUAAAGGAACACCUAGCUGUUAAAGUAACCGAAACUGAAAAACAGAAGACCGAAUUUAAACAGGUUGUGAAGCAACUGUGGCAGAUGAAGAUCAACUUCUUCAUUGCAUGCAUAGUGGGCGUAGUUCUCAUGUUCACCGUCAUCCUUCUGGCUGGAGCUCUUUCUUGUCUCUAUUGUCGGGGGAAACGCCAUUCACACUCAGUCCGUUUAUCUCAAUCUGAGGAAUGUCCAGGUGUUAGCAGUUCCGAUCAACUCCCUCUGUUGAACAGAUGCACAAACUUCCCCACAGCCUCUCCUGGUCUUACCAUCAAUGGUGAUGUCACUGUUUCAAGACUAGAGGUUCAGUCUCCUGAUGACAAAAACAUCAUCAGCGACAUGAACAGCACUCUACCACCGGCAUACCAAUCCCGCCUGGAAGAGAAGAAAAACAGUACGGACAUAAUUGUCCCAGAUCCCUGCGAGAAAUACGAUAUCAAUAAAUGUGAAACUGAAAGAACACCCUCAGUUCUGAAAAAUAUUCAACCCACAGAUAGCUAUGAAAGUAUCAAAGACACUGAGCCAAAGAAUAUUCAGAUCAUCGAUAGCACUGAUCCUAAAUGAGGGCAUUUGUAUUCUGUAUCAGAGGUCUUAGAGUGUUUCUUGAAAUUGUGAAUUUGUUAACACCAUGGGGAUGUCAUUGCCAAUUGUUUGAAGGUGAGAGAGAUGAGAGAUUUACACUGAGGAUGUUUGAUUAUUGAACAGACAUUUCUUGAGUUUGGAUUAAUGGUGCUUUGAACACAAUGUCCACCAUACCGCGUCAAAUGUGGGUAGAAAGUCAAUAGUUAAGCCGUUCUUGGACGUGUUCCGUUGAAAAGUAGGACGAACACGGGCAUGAUGCCGAGAGACCUUUGAGAGCUCUUGGGUUAACAGUGUUUCAGAUAUUUACGAUGUUUCAGAUUAUUGUGAGAGGACGAAGACCACUUUGGUCGAACCCGUGAGCACGGGUAUGGUACCAACAAACCAGGCACCAAAUCUUGGUGAAUCUGGGAUUCGUACCCCAACAACGCCGGUACCUCGUAGGUGCAAACACAAAAUACGGUGUACUCAUGUUGGCCUGGUCUUUUGUGCGCCGAGUGAUUCAUUUAUUUAUGUAUUUUCUUGUACCGUGGCUAUUAUUUGUGAAAAAUAAUGGCAACCAAUUCCAUAUCUUUUGUAUGAAUAUAUAAAUGGGAAUGUGUGUAUGCUAUUUAUGAUAUAAUGUACAUGUACAUAUGUAGCAAUUGUUUUAUAUUUGUAUGUUUAUUUGUUGUGAUUUCCGGAGCCAAAGUAACAAUUUGCGGAUAUUUGGAUUUUCAAUGUCAAUUAGAAGAUGUCAUGAUGCUUAUCACAGUGUUUUGAUUGUGUCGAGGUGACCCAUUCCGUACAAUCAUGCAAAAUCUUAUAUAUCUUAUAUAAAAUAUAACUAUGUACGACUACACACACGAACUUGGGCACUUGACCAAUCAGAGACCUGCAUGGGGUGUGAUGCACAAUGCCGUACGUUCCUGCAGUGCUUGUGACGUUCGUGUUCAUCUUCUUCAUCUCCUCUGCACCUUCUGGAACCUGUGGCUAUUGUUACUUUCGUUAUCACCCAAUAGCUUGUCGAUAAUCCCUUAAAUCCAGCAACACGUUGUUGCCUUGGACAGUCAUUUCCUAUGGGUCUCGGACAAUUGUCACCCGGACAGUUGCCGCCCAGACAAUUGCCACCGGACAAUUGCCACCUAGUGAAUUUUCUACAACCAGUUGGACUAUUCCCACCCAAAUAUAUUUUUUUUAUUAAAUGGAAGGUCUUGCUGAUGUUCACAGUGAGAUGAACAACCACAUGUUCUUGAAAGUAAGAUGUAAACAGUUUUCAUGUUUUCUUUGUAAAACCUUUGUGUUUUGUUCGUUACAUAUUACUUGGUACUGUUUUCUUCUGUGCUUAUCAGUUUAAUAAUGCUCAGUCAUUAUAAUAAUAGUUAGAUUAACGCCGCUUCCACGUUAUGCUUCGACUCAAGGCUUCUGCAUUUUUUGGAAAAUAAAAUGAUAAAAAUAG